AUGGCAUCCCUCGGUGUUGGUCGCAAGCACAAAGUCACGGUGGUCGGCUCCGGCAACUGGGGCACCACCAUGGCUAAGCUAGUCGCCGAGAACGUCAAGGAGAACCCCUCUUUGUUUGAAGAAACAGUGCAGAUGUGGGUGUUUGAGGAGGAGUACACAAUCCCAAAGGAUUCGCGUCACUACAACGGCUCGGACCAGCCUGAGAAGCUUUCCCAGCUCAUCAACAGGGUCCAUGAGAACGUCAAGUAUCUCCCAAACAUCACGCUCCCACCCAACGUCAUUGCCAACCCCGAUCUCCCCGAUUCGUGCAAGAACUCUACGAUACUCAUCUUUGUGCUGCCCCAUCAAUUCAUUGCGCGUUCAUGCCAGCAACUGGUCGGAAAGAUCCUCCCCUAUGCGCGAGCCAUCUGCUGCACAAAGGGUGUGGAUGUCAGUGAAAAGGGCAUCCGCUUGAUGUCAGAGACGAUUGGCAUGACGCUCAACAUCUACUGCGGUGCUUUGUCGGGUGCGAACAUUGCAUCUGAGAUUGCCCAGGAGAAGUACUCCGAGACUACGGUGGCAUACGACCCGCCACCGCUAGACUCGCGCCAUCCCACCCCAAGUGGUUCACCCAACGCUUCUCAGGUUGACCUAACUGCUCACGUCGACCUGAUUGACCCUAGCAAGUCAAAGCCCAGCAAGCGCUCUGCGCAUCUGACUGCUCUACCCAACGAGUACCCGCCUCUGUCGCACGAAAACGUCCGCAAGCUCUUCCACCGCCCCUAUUUCCAUGUACACAUUGUCAACGACGUCGCAGGUGUCUCACUCGGCGGUGCUCUGAAGAAUAUCAUCGCCCUUGCAGCAGGCUUUGUGGACGGUCUGGGAUGGGGCGACAACGCUAAAGCCGCUGUUAUGCGUGUUGGCAUCCUGGAAAUGGUCAGGUUCGGCAAGGCCUUUUUCGGAGAGAGUGCGCGCACUAGCACAUUCACCGAGGAAAGCUGCGGUGUUGCUGACGUUGUGACAUCAUGCAUGGGUGGACGAAACUUUCGUUGCGCAAAGAUGGCUGUCCAGCGCGGCAAGCCUAUUGACGAGAUUGAGCAGACAGAGCUUAAUGGGCAGAAGCUGCAGGGUACUAGCACUGCCUACGAGGUCAAUGAAUUCUUGAAGGCCCAGGGUAUGGAGGACGACUUUCCCCUGUUCACCGCCGUCUACAACAUUCUCGAGGGCAAGAACAAGCCUGAGGAUAUCCCUCAGCUCAUCGAGAAGAAGCCGUAA